AUGCAUCUUGUUCGUAUGAAAAAACAACGACAGCAUGGUCAAUAUGGAUCUCCACCAUUAUCUGAUCAAGCUGAUACUGCAUUAGUUAGUACACCACAUAGUCACAAUUCACCUAGACAAGAACAACGAUUUAAUAGUUCAAUCUGGCAAUUAUUACCAUUUAUUGGUGCAAUAAAUAUUUUUGAUCUAUUUGUAAAAUUUAAUCCUUAUUCAUAUAAAGAUCUUAUAAGGACAAUUCCCAGUGGAAUUGACAUAUGA